CUUCAGUUUACAGAAUUUGCCAAUAUUCGUCGAUCUUGGUAUGUCUUUUUUGGUCAGAUUUAUUAUUUUACGAAUUUACAGAUUCAUUGAUCCUAGGCUUUCGCUCGUCGAGCUUCUCCUUUGAAGGAUUUUUGGUUCAGUAUUUGAGAGGAAGAGGAAGGAGAAAGUGAAAUGAACAAGUUAGGGUACGGGUUGAACCUGAGGCUGUCAGCACAGAAGAAGAAGCAAGAGCAAACAAAGCCGCCCCGGCCGCCUCCUUUUGGAUUUAAUGAUGAAGAUGACGAUGAUGUGGAGAGGGAUAUUUCUCGGCAGGCUAGCAAGAACAAGUCUCUCAAGGAUAUUGAGGAGCAGCGGAAGAAAGCUUUGGAAGAGGACCCCACGGUGUUUGAUUAUGAUGGAGUUUAUGAUGAAAUGAAAGAGAAAGCUGUUCGGCCUCGAGUGCAAGACCGUGCAGAGAGAAAGUCAAGAUAUAUUGAGAUUUUGAAAGAAAAAGCAAAAGAACGUGAGCAAUACCGUGAGAUAGUGUUUGAGCGAAAAAUUGCUAAAGAGAGAAGCCAAGAGGACCAUCUCUAUGCAGACAAGGACAAAUUUGUCACGCGUGCUUACAAAAAUAAACUUGAAGAGCAAGCAAAGUGGCAGGAGGAAGAACGUUUGCGUGAACUUCGAGAAGCAAAGGAGGAUGUUACAAAGAAGAAGGACUUGAGCGAUUUUUACUUCAACCUUGGAAAAAAUGUCGCUUUUGGUGCGAAUAAAGCUGAGUUGAGGAAACCCGAGAAGCAGGUUGAGUCAAGGAAGGCGGAGAGACAGCCUGAGUCAAGGGAGCUAGAGAAGCUUGAAGAAAAAGGCUCCACUGAUACAUCAGAUAAAGGUCAGACAUCGGAUAACUCAAAUCCACCUUUGGAGGUUUCAGGUGUGGAAGAAAAACAUGGAGGUGAAACUUCCUCUCUGCCUAAGAGAAGCUUCAUGUCCUCAGAUCCAAUGCCAGUUACCAACACUUCAGUUCAAGAAAAAACUUCAGGUGAACAGCCGCCAUCAGAUGAACAAGAAAAAACUUCAGGUGAACAGCCAAAGCAUGACCAUCAUAAGAGAAGUGGGGAUGCAGUGUCUGCAGCAAAAGAACGGUAUUUGGCACGGAAGAGGACUAAAGAACAGUAAAAGCUCUCUCUAUCUCUAUCUCUUUCUCUCUGAGCAUGUCAUGAGAGUUUUAAAAUCCAAAAGAGAAGUUCUUCUCAUUGUAAUCUGUGUCUGUACAUCUUGGCCUUCCCAUUUAGGUUGGAGUCUAAUAGUUUUAUGAUUGAUUUGAUCUCUCAAGUAUCAGGUUCAGCAAUCAAGAAGGAAGAACAUGAAAAGCCAAGAUCUUGAUCUCUGAUAUUAAUGUUAAACCCGAUUGUAUUUUUUUAGUCUAGGAAACAUGUUGAAGCCAGUGACCUAAGAUCCAUCAUGCUCAUAUUUAGAAUGUUAUUAAAUUUUUAACCCGUGUGAAAGCCAAAAAUAGUGUAUAUGUUUCCAUUGGUCU